AUGCUUCUGUCUGCGAAAGUCAUUAUUGCAUCCCUGCUGGCCGGGUCCAAAGCGGCCUUCUAUUACCCAGACGUGCAAACGCAUCUUCUCGAGCAUAUCCUGGUUGACAAUUGGGGUACAUAUGCUUCAAACUUUUCUUCUGCCAUCACCCCUUGCACAAACUAUGUCACGCAAAUAGGAACCGCCGCGCUUAAUAGUGGCCGCACGACCGCCGCACAAUGGAUGCGAGUUCUGUUUCAUGACUUUGUCACCGCAAAUGUCAGUGCAGGAACUGGCGGUGUCGAUGCGAGCAUUGGUUUCGAAACCGCACGCAGCGAGAACUCUGGUAGUGCAUUCAACGAUAGUUUCACAUUCUGGCGCCCGUUUGUGAACAAUGCAGUGUCCAUGGCUGAUCUCGUUGCCCUCGGAACCGCCAUGUCCAACAAUCUUUGCGGUGGUCGAAAUAUUCCCUAUCGUGCUGGCCGUAUUGAUGCUACAUCAGCAGGCUCUACGACUGGCGUACCCGCUCCAGAGACCGACCUGGAGGAAACCUUGGUCUUUUUUGAGCGCGCAGGCUUCGACAAAGGAGGGUUCCCUGAUGUGGUCGAGGAGAUUGCCGUCACGCCCAACAACACAAAUGGUGGCAGCAACUUCGAUAGCACGCGUGGCGCUUUUGACCCGGCAGUAUUGGGCGAGUAUCUCCACGGAACGGGGAAGAGAGGCGGACCGCUGGUGACAUCGAACAACGUUACCACUCGUUCAGAUCUCCGACUUUACGAGAGUGACCAAAAUGCAACUAUGCAAGCUUUAUUUGCUCAAGGAGAUACCUUCCUGGACACCUGUGUCGGUUUGUUCAAUCGCAUGAUGAACACGGUCCCCACAGGAGUACAACUCGGACCUGUCAUCGAAGCCUUAGCCGUCAAGCCAAUGCAACGUUACCUUCGACUUCGAUGCACAUGGGAAGUUGAAGCUGUCCGGCAAGUUCAGAAUACUCACUGGGGCUGA